AUGUCGAAAGGACCAGCAGUUGGCAUUGAUCUUGGGACCACCUACUCCUGUGUUGGUGUGUUCCAGCAUGGCAAAGUUGAAAUUAUUGCCAACGACCAGGGUAACAGGACCACACCCAGCUAUGUGGCCUUCACAGAUUCUGAGAGGCUGAUCGGAGAUGCAGCCAAGAACCAGGUUGCCAUGAACCCCACCAACACAGUAUUUGAUGCUAAACGUUUGAUUGGCAGACGAUUUGAGGACACAGUAGUUCAGUCUGACAUGAAGCACUGGCCAUUCAAUGUAAUCAGUGAUAGUGGGCGCCCCAAAGUGGAAGUUGAAUACAAAGGUGAAACCAAAACCUUCUACCCAGAGGAAAUCUCUUCCAUGGUGUUGACAAAGAUGAAGGAGAUUGCUGAAGCCUACCUCGGCAAGUCUGUGUCCAAUGCUGUUAUCACUGUACCUGCAUACUUCAAUGACUCACAACGUCAAGCAACCAAGGAUUCUGGAACUAUCUCUGGUCUAAAUGUGUUGAGAAUAAUUAAUGAGCCCACUGCAGCAGCUAUUGCUUAUGGCCUGGAUAAGAAGGUUGGAGCUGAGAGGAAUGUGCUGAUCUUUGAUCUGGGUGGUGGCACCUUCGAUGUGUCCAUUUUGACCAUUGAGGAUGGUAUCUUUGAGGUCAAAUCCACUGCUGGUGAUACUCAUCUUGGUGGAGAAGACUUCGACAACCGCAUGGUCAACCACUUCAUCGCAGAGUUCAAGCGCAAGUACAAGAAGGACAUCAGCGACAACAAGAGAGCUGUCCGUCGUCUCCGCACCGCCUGUGAGAGGGCAAAGCGCACCCUGUCUUCCAGCACCCAGGCCAGCAUCGAAAUCGACUCUCUGUAUGAGGGAGUUGACUUCUACACCUCCAUCACCAGGGCUCGCUUUGAGGAGCUCAACGCUGACCUCUUCCGUGGCACCCUCGACCCAGUAGAGAAGUCGCUCCGUGAUGCCAAGAUGGACAAGUCUCAGAUCCAUGACAUUGUCUUGGUCGGUGGCUCCACCCGUAUCCCAAAGAUCCAGAAGCUGCUGCAGGACUUCUUCAAUGGCAAGGAGCUCAACAAGAGCAUCAACCCUGAUGAGGCUGUUGCCUACGGAGCUGCUGUGCAGGCUGCCAUCCUGUGUGGUGACAAGUCUGAAAAUGUCCAGGACUUGCUGCUUCUGGACGUCACUCCUCUGUCCCUGGGUAUCGAGACAGCUGGAGGUGUCAUGACCGUCCUGAUUAAGCGUAACACCACCAUUCCUACCAAGCAGACCCAGACUUUCACCACCUACUCUGACAACCAACCUGGUGUGCUCAUCCAGGUUUAUGAAGGUGAGCGUGCCAUGACAAAGGAUAACAACCUGUUGGGCAAGUUUGAGCUGACAGGUGGGAUGCCUGGUGGGAUGCCAGGCGGCUUCCCCGGAGCUGGCGGAGCUCCUGGCGGCGGAGGAUCUUCUGGACCAACCAUCGAGGAAGUGGAUUAA